GAGAGCUUUGAAUUGGCAACAUAUCAAAUUGCUUGCAGCUCAAAAUCCAGUAGCCAUGUGGCAGAAAUUGUUUGCCAAUGAGUAGCAGUCCUGGAAUUCCUCAUUGAAGCAGAUCUGUGUCAGGAAACGACCAGAUUCGAACAAGAGCAGCAAACUGAAAUUAUGUCAUUCGACGAGGACCCAUUCGGAGAGAAGGAAAGGAUGAUGGGAGGGAAGAGAAAUCAAAUGAAGUAGGGUUUGAACGGACGCGCGAAGAAUCCAGACAGGAGUGCAAAUUGCAGGAGACUCGAAAGCACGAGCACGGAAUUGUGGGAAUGCGGGAUUUGCUGGAAUGAUCGAAUGCUCGAUUGGAUGGAGGAAUUUUGACUUCAGACAGUCAGACUGACCGCCGCGAUGGCACGGGAAGUGGAAGCGGAGGAGGACGAAGAGGAGAGUGGAGAGUUGGGCCAGGAGACGCCGAGAAGCUCCGAAGGUGUGGCGAAAGGGAGCCGUGGUUAUGGUGGAGGCGGCGGAGGAGCCGACGAGGACGAAGGAAGCGUGGAGGAUGAGGGGUAUGGGCUGAAUUUGGAGACCCGGAGGUAUUCGGUUGUCCAGCGAGGUGAGCAGGAGGAUGGCGAAGCUGAUGAUGAUGAUAUUGGAGAUGAAGAUGACAGUCAUGCGAAUGAAGAUUUGAGUUUGCACAUUGUCGAGAAAGCCAAGAAGAGGCGGAAGCUAGAGCCUCGGGCGGCAGAUGAGGGUGUUGUCAUUAUAGAUGGUCGUGCAGAGGAGGAGCUGAUUGUUGAGAAGCGCAGCAGUGAGGGAAAUUCUGUUGCUGCAGACGAGUGCAAAGAACCGUUGUCCAGGAGCGAUACUCCGGAGGAAGGCGAGCUACAGGAGGACGGCGAAGGAAACCUUGUGCUUGCCGCAGACCUUUUCGAAGCAGAGGACGCCCCAGAUGAAGGUGGAGGAAAGAAGAGGAAAAAGAGGAAGAAAGAAAAGAAAGAAAAGAAGAAGAAGAAGAAAGGCGGAGACAACGAUCAAACUAAAGCAAAAUCUCACGUGAAAGAAGUGAAACUUCUUGAUGCAGAGGAGAGUAUGGUCAUGCGCAAACUUUUGCGUGGACCACGUUAUUUCGAUCCUCCAGAAGAGCAGGAUCAGUCGUGCUAUAAUUGUGGCAAAGUUGGUCAUCUGGCCGUCGAUUGUGCCGAAGGUCGCCGACUCAAGCCUUGCUAUGUCUGUGGAACUUUUGGACACGAUGGAAGGGACUGUCCUCAGAAAACAGAUUGUUACAUCUGCGGGAAAGUAGGCCAUAUUGCAAAGAACUGUCCCAACAAGGGAUUACGGACUCCGACAAGUAGAGGAGAUGAGUUUAUCUGUCUCCUGUGUGGACGCUCUGGUCACGAAGCUCCAACGUGUUAUUAUGAGUACGACGAACAGGACUUGGAGCAAGUGCAAUGCUACAUCUGCAAGGAGUUCGGACACCUGUCGUGUGUUGAUAUUGUGGACACUUCUCCUGUACCUGUCUCGUGUUUCAUGUGUGGCGAAAUGGGUCAUACUGGAACGGGUUGUACGCGGACUCGCAGAGCAGAUAGAGAUAGAGAUAGAGCAGGAGGUGACAAGGACAGAACCGCCUCGUUAUGUUUUAAGUGUGGCGAAGAAGGGCAUUUCGCUCGAGAAUGCAGCAAGCAGCGUCGUCCAUGGCCCGCUCCAUGGCCACCUGAAGAGCAAGGUUUGUCCCCCGCGGACUUUUCUACUCCUGGUUCGAAACACCAAAGACGUAACGGAGGGGUGCCCCGAUGGAUGGACUUGCAGUCACGGGAAGGGAGAUGGACGCCUCCAGCAAGGGCUCACCAAUCAGAUUUGUACGCCGGUUACAGCCGGGGAUAUGGCUCGUCUUCUAAACGACAAGACAAUACAGCCCUUGCAGAAAACAACGACGAUGAUUAUAUGGGGCCUAUUGACAACUUUGUUACAAGUUCAAAAGAGAACUUCAAGUCUCGUCGUAGGAAAAGUUGGACCGCUGGUGGAGGUGGACGAAAGCGACCAUAGAUCAAAGAACCAAUUUUAUAACCGUGCGAUGCUGAUGUGCAGCGAGCGCCGUAGAAAUAAACUUCUUGAUGGGUUUUCAUCUCAAAAAGUGAAGCGUUUCGAAGUGUACUUUUUUCUCGUGAUUUUUGGUCACAGGUGAAGAAGGAUUCACAGGUGCACAGUUUGUAGAACCAUGAGGUAUCUGUAAAGAAGGCCAUGUUUGAAAUUCUUCCUUUGUUUCGAAGAGGUGGAGCACAUUUUGUACUUGCCAGUGGAAAUUAAACGUAAGCUCAGAUGACCGUGUCUACCAAGGUCUGCAGUCUUUCAAAAUC